AUGGCUCUCUUCGGCAACUCCACCUCGUUCGGCGCGCCGCAGCAGACGCUCGGCAACACCGCUGCUGCCGCGCCGAGCGGCGACGUUGAGGUCUCGCAGCCGCCGCCGGAUGGCAUCUCGGCUCUCGCCUUCUCCAGCGCUGCUGAUUUCCUGGCUGCCUCUUCGUGGGACAACGCGGUGCGGGUCUAUGGCGUCGAGCCGAACGGGAGCACAGCUCCGAAGGCCAUGUACCAGCACGAGGCGCCGGUGCUGGACGUAGUGUGGAGCAAGGAUGGCUCGAAGAUCAUCUCGGCGGGCGCAGACAAGGCUGCACGGCUGUACGACGUGCAGUCGGGCCAGGCCCAGCAGGUGGCCGCACACGACGCUCCCAUCAAGAGCGUGCGGUGGGUGGACCAGGGCGCGGGCAUUCUGGCGACGGGCAGCUGGGACAAGACGGUCAAGUACUGGGACAUGCGGCAGCCGAAUCCAGUCUCGACUGCGCAGCUGGCGGAGCGCUGCUACACGAUGGACUGCGUCUGGCCCUACCUCGUCGUGGGCACUGCCGAGCGCAAGAUCCAGAUCUUUGACCUGCAGCAGAACCCAGGCGUGCCGAUCAUCACCAUGGACAGCCCGCUCAAGUACCAGACCCGCGUCAUCUCCCUGUUCCAGCGGCAACCAGAGCCAGGACAGCCGACACCGCCGCCCGGCUUCGCCAUCGGCAGCGUCGAGGGCCGCGUUGCGAUCCAGUACAUCCGCGACGAGAACAAGAACCUCAACUUCUCGUUCAAGUGCCACCGCAAGGAUCCGCCAGCCGCGAGCCGCGAGCCGCAGCAGCUCUUCUGCGUCAACGACAUCUCCUUCCACCCGGUGCAGGGCACCUUCUCGACCGUCGGCUCGGACGGCUCGAUCAACUUCUGGGACAAGGACUCGAAGACGCGCCUGAAGACUUUCGACAGCAAGGGCUCGCCGAUCGCAGCGUCGGCCUUCAACCGCACGGGCUCGAUCUUCGCAUAUGCUGUGAGCUACGACUGGCACAAGGGCCACUCCUUUGCUCCGCCGAGCGGCUCCAACACCAACAAGAUCUUCCUGCACUCGUGCACGGACGAAGAGGUCAAGCGGCGGCCAAAGAAGAUCUGA